GAAGAAGCGCAAUAGAGUCGCUCAGUUAGAAGACAUUUCGAAUAGCGAGGGGUUUUGUACCAGAAACGGGUCUCAAAAUGGAGAUGGCCCGCUCAGUUUUUCUACUAUAUGUUGUUAUUUUAUUAUAUAUCGGUUCAUCUAAGACAAUGGUGUAUGCGGGCGAGACAACUACGUCCGGGGGAGAUGCUAUCACCGAAUCAGGCUCGGAUGAUAAUGAAACAACCACUAGCACAUUAACAACAACUACCCUACCUAGCGCAAUUUAUGAUACUUCAGUGGAAGUAGAGAUUGCCGACAAGCUCACUGGCGGUAAGAUGACAUUUUAUUGUAAAUUUGCCUUGUCCAAUGAAAGUUUGUGGUACAAAGUCAUUUGGCAGAUCGCCGACAGCGUGAUGACGCCAUUGGGGCCAUUCAAUUCCGACGUCAGAGAGAAGUCAAAAUUAUUGGAAACCAGCCUUACUGAAACAACGGCAGGCUUUCAGAUACGUUGUGCCUACCAAGUCGCCUACACUGAAGAUGGCACCUAUAGUUCCGAGACGACGAGCCCCCAGAAAUUCGUCGGCAUAGAGAUCCUGUCCACAGACGUAUCUGUAAGCGAUGGCGGAAAGAGCAACAUCACCCUUCAGGCUACUGCCCCUAUUGGAUGUAAAUCAGGAGAGACGUGUUCCUUAGGGAUCAAUAUUUACAAUAAAGAUUACUCUAGUUCUUGUUACAAACCAACUACUACCUUCUCCGAAUGUCAGGUUAGUGUAACACAGAGUACGUCUCAGACACAAGGAAAAUAUUGUUAUGCGGUUUGUGAUCCCCAUAUGAGGACUUUUGAACACGAUUAUUACGAGCAUCAGUAUUUCGGGCAAUAUACUCUUUAUGAGAACAAGGAAUGGAAGCAAGAGAUCCAGGUCAAAACAGAGCCAUGUUUUAGUUGGAGAGCGAAUGGUGGUCCUCCAUAUUGUAUUUGUGGUCUGGCCAUACGAGCCGGUAAAGAAGUUUACAUUAUGGAUAAGUGUUCUCCAAGAAGAUACUGGAGAAUCAAGUACGCCCAAUGUGAUCCGACCAGAAGUGGCCUCAUUAAUGUGGUGCGACUAGGCUCGCAGUACUCGAUAACAUUACCAAGUGGUACGGUCGUGAAAACCAAUCUGUACACGUAUUUUAAAUUCUUAAACCUCUACGUGUAUCCCUCCGAGGGCGACGUAAAUAAUGCCGAUGGGCUGUGUGGUCGAGUCGGGGAUCCAGGAUUUUUUCAUCGGAAUGGGACGGAAGAAGCGUUGUACAGGUGGUAUGGAAUGUAUGACUACUCCGAGUCUUGGAGUGUCAAGGGUGACGUUUUGGAUCUUUUCUCGGAAGACGACAGAAAGAACCUAGAUUCAAUUGGAAACUCAAUUUUCCAGUGUAAAUGUGCGAAGGAUCCGAGUGGACAAAGUCAAGUGGUGUGCGACAAGGUUGACUCUUCCGAUUGUACCUUUUAUUUUGGCCGAGCGCGAAAAGUCGACGAUUGCAAGAUCAAACCCAGUUCACUAAAUAGGAAGAAACGAUCGAUACAGCAAGCCGUAAAGAAAACUGAACAAAAAAAUAUACAACAUACAAUUGUAAAAAGGGCUGCUGCUGCUGAUGAGUACGCUGGUAACUGGACCGAAGCCACGGCCACUGCUUAUUGUGACAAUUUAUUCACCAACUCUAGUGCUGUUCAAGCUUGUAAAGAUGUUCCAGGGGUCGAUUUGGAAAGUCCCAAAAAUAAUUGCAUAGUGGACAUUAAGCUUGAAGGCAGUACUUCGUUUGCUCUGACUGCCAUUGAAACCAUCAAAAACAAAUGUUUCAAAGAAGUCGGUCAGAAUUCGUCCUUACAGAACUCAACAGAUGGAUCUGGUUCCAUAUUGGAUCAGAUCAAAAAUGUCGCAUGUCCAUUCGAAUGUAGUGGACAUGGUUCCUGCCAAAACGGCACAUGUGUUUGCGAUGCAGAUUUUGACUCCGACGACUGUUCAAUUGAUCUAAAGGAACCUCCAAUUGGGGUGGUAGAGUACGGAGACGGCGAGGGAGAAUGUGAUUUGGGUAGUUGUACGGCAAUAUCAGUUUCUGGUGGCCCCUUCAUUGAGGGCGGCUCUGCUAAAUGUAAAGUUAUAUCGAAAACGUUGAUGCCUAACGGGAAUAUAACUGACAAAGACAGCAUGACUAUAGAUGCCACUAUAAUAUCAAUUGGAGAAGUUUCGUGUCCGUUGCCACCCUCCAGACGAAGGAAGAGGGCGGCUGGUGACCCGGAAAUGGAAGAGGUUACAGUAUACGAAGUGUCUGUCAGCAAUGGCGGUUCAUACAGCGAAAGUAACCUGAUAAUAGCCCGCCAUGUUGACUGUCAUGAGUGUGACGUCAAUUCUACUUCCGUUUCCUGUACAUAUACAGGAUGUUAUUCCGAGGGUCAAUGUUACAAGAAAGAUCAGAAACUAAGUCGGAGCGAUUGUUUCACCUGUGAUAUUAAAAAUGGCGAACCUAUUUGGAUUAAAUCCACCGCUGACACAAAUUGUACCAUCUAUAUUGAGCCAGCUACUGCAGAAGAUAACUUACUGUGGGUUAUUGGGGCUGUAUUAGGAGCCGUGGUCCUGAUAGUUAUAAUUGUUAUAAUAGUUGUGGUGGUAAUCAAAAAGAAGAACAAGAGACCUAUUACUCCGAUCCUUCAGGGAGAGUAAAACAGUGGAAUCUCCGUGUGGGUGAUGUAUACGAACAACAACACUGGGCUUUGCGAUUGUUUAUACUUGUAUGAUCAUGCACAGUAAUAGUGACUUGACAACUUCAUUUAGGCGUCUUAAAGGGACAGAUGUGGCAUUUCCGCAGAUUGAUAUGGACCUUGAAUAUAUGCAAAUAAGUCUCCAGAACUACUAAAACUGUACGAAAAUCGCAUCAUUUUUUUUUUUAAAUAUGGGGUUUACGGGUUGAAGUUGAAUAUAUUGUUGAUAU